CUGGACAUUAAACUAUACGGCCACACUAAAUACAUAGCUCUUCUAUUUUUGUGAUAGUGUUUUUUUCCCCAAUUUGUGCUAAAAUUAAUAUAAUAACUAUGAAUGCAAUUUCAAACAAUUAUGCGAAAUGACGUGCCUUUCCUGAGCUGCUUAUGUAACGCUGCACAGGCCGCGAAAUAAGACCGCACAUCGAUUACCGGGGAUUAGCGAAGCUCAAGUCGGACUAAAUGGCGGCGGUGGCCGAGGGCAGCAAAAUGCUGGAGGCGGCGCUUCAGCAAAUGGAUGGCCUUAUAUCGAGCACAGCGACCCAGGCUGGCUCCGCUGCGGCGGCAGCUGCCGGGGCUUCUCUGACGCUGAGCGAGCGAAACUUGAUUUCGGCCACCAAUGUCUUAUCGACGGCCAAGACUUUGGCUCUCGCCCUGCAACAGGUGGGACUGGCUGCUCCGGCCCCUGAUCCUGUCACCGCGGCCAUCAUAAGCGACUGGUUGGAAACGCACAUACCUCGUCAGGACUCCGACGAGCGAAUGCGGCGGUUGCAGCGCGACAAGGAGGGGCUGGCUCUGCAGUACCAAAUGCUGGCAGAGCGCGUUUCGGAGCAGGCGGACAAGAUCAUCGAGCUGGAGGGGCUGAUCACGGAGAAGACCCAGCAGUUGUGCAGCAAGGAGGAGCUGUUGCAGCGCCAAAUGAUUUCCAGGUCCGCCCUCGAAACGCAGAAGCUCGAGCUGAUGAGUGCCUUAAGUGAACUGAAACUACAUCGCACGGCAUUGGAGCAGGCCAGUGAUGGGGCCGCAGUAGGUGGCAAUAUGCCCUAUGGCAGUUUGAGCAAUAUAAACCAGAAGGCCUUCAUGGGGUCCCCGAAGACCCCACCCUCUGCGCUGCGCCAUCAGAUCAAGCCGCAGUUCCACAGCCUGCCACGAUCGCACGGCAAGCUGGGAAACAACAACAACAACAGUCGCAUCUUGGAUGUAAACGCAAAUAGUAGCGGAAAACAGCGGAACGUGGCCUUCGCUUCGAACGAGCAGAUUCUGAUCGAAGACAAUGCUCACCACGCCGACGAGACUAUGACAUCCAGUUUCAUGUCGCAGUUCACUCCUUCGCCGAAGCUGCGGGAACGUUCUGCCCGCGGCUUGCGCAACAUUCUCGGCAAGCUGCGGCGCAGCAACAGUAGCAACUGCGAGCUUACAGCCUUGGAGCAGGCAGAACCCGAGUUUCGACGCGGCGGCUCCAGAGCCACCGCAGGCGGACGCAUCGAAUGGAGUGCUCAGACGCCUCUGUUCGGUGAGAAUGAAAAGCACUGGACCACUUGGGGAGCACAAGAGGUGUGCACCUGGCUCGGACACAUGGGUUUGGGCUGCUACGAGGACAAUUGCCGGAAAUGGCUAAGGGCCAACCCAUCGGUGUCGUUUUUCACCGCCUCGCCUGUGGACAUUGAACGUGAGCUUAAUUUGAAGCUGCCGCUUCACCGCAAGAAGAUCAUGCUGGCCAUCGACGACAUCACGGGGAAGGAAUUCGAUGAGCUAACCUUGAAGUCAGCCAGCUUGGAUGUGGCCUGGGUGCUGCGAUGGCUCGACGACAUUGGACUACCGCAGUACAAGGACUACUUUAUGCAGGCCAAGGUUGAUGGGCGAAUGCUGCACCGCCUUACGCUCGAGGAUCUGUCCCAGUUGCAUGUGAGCUCUUGCCUGCACAUAGCCUCGCUGCGAGCAGGCAUAUUGUGUAUGCGUCGCAUGUCCUGGAACCCCGAGGGUCUGAUUCGACGGUCCCUUAAAGCGGCUAGCGAGGAUGAGGCCGCGGGCAGUCCCGACAGGGACAAUGUGGAGCUGUGGACAGCACACCGCAUCAUGGGUUGGCUUCAGACCAUAGACCUGUCCGAGUACACGCCAAAUCUACGCGGUGCCGGCGUCCAUGGGGCUCUAAUGCUCUACGAAGCACGUUUCAAUGCGGACCUGCUGGCCGACCUGCUGUCGAUACCACCGAGCAAGUCACUGCUGCGCCGCCACCUGGCCAUGCAUUUCAAGGAGCUGGUGGGUCGUCCGGUUAUUCUUAGUAAACGGGAUGCCGAGUCAGCGCCUGGUUAUCAACCGCUGAGCAUUACUGCUAAGCUAAAGCCGGUUAAGCGAUCACAGUUCUCGUUGAAGCGUCGCAAGAGCUCGAAGAGCCAAAGCGACAUUGACUGGACAGAGUAUGUGUGCCCCAUGAACGCCAGGGUGCCGGAAUCCUCUUUGGUGGAUGCGGCCAAGGAUCACGAGGGCUCAAUGAGUUCGAAUUAAUGAGCAGCCGGCAGACGCACAAAUCAAUUUCAAGCCACGUUGCUGAUAUGCAAAAGAUAAUUAAGCUCAAUUGAACUGCCAACUUAACGAAGCAAGUGACCAAAUCUACAAAUCAAGCGACAAUAUUAGCAAAACUAAACCUGGGCACGCCCAAACUUCCAAGUGUCUAUCGAAUGAAUUCGAGCAGAGCCUAUAAUCCAACCAUGUAUGUUAUCAUCAUUUGGGAAAUUCUUCUGUAACUAAAAAUUAACUGUAACAAAAAUUAGGCUAAUCUGGAUCCGGAACUCAAUGACAUUUUUAGCAUCCAGCAUAACGGUGGAAACGAGAAGUAUUUUCUAUGGCAUUGAAUUAAGAGCGACCCUAACAUUAUAGACUUAAAGCCCAUAUUGGAGUUUAUCUUUUGUACUAACCCGUAACUGUAUUAACGGAUAUUUUGUAAAAUAAAAACAACGAUGCCUUUUACAAAUGUA